CUUUCGGAGACAUUGACCAUGCGCAUAGAACGUCGCCUUGAACGUACCGAAAGUCCGGAUCUGGGGAAGUUGUGUCAACGCGAUUCUCAAUCCAUGUAAGUGCGGACGGGGAGGAAGCAGCGAUACAGCGGCAAACGUGGUAUCUGCAUAUUUCGUUCAUCCGAGCACUCGCGUCGAGGCGUCUUCUGGCGGUUUCUCCUCCCGAUGCGCGUGAAUUGAUCCACAACUUAGGUGGCCUCGAGAUUCUGGCAGACCUAUAAAGUGGCUACCCCCGCAUUCUCCAGAUCUACAUUGAUCUUUCAACCGGGGAUGAGCCCUGCUGACCCUUUCCGUUCACUUCCACUAUACUUCCUUCACUGGCUGUAUCAGCGCUAUCAAGCCUUUGUGUCUCCUCAAGCAUCAUGGCUCCAGACCAUGACAAGACGCCCAACACGGUCGAACUCAACGAACACGUAACGGAGACAACGACCGCCGCAGACACUUCCGCGUUAGGUCACCUCGCCAAUCAAGAAGACCAUGAAGUUGGUAAACUUGCGUCCUUCCGCAAGUAUCCUUGGGCAUGUGCUUGGUCUAUCUACAUGGUGUGGAUAGUCCUGCUGGUCAGUUUCGAGAAUCAAGCAGCUGGCAAUGUCAUCGGUAUCCCGGAGUUCAGGAAGGAUUUCGGGCAUCAGUUUACUGCAGACGACGGCACUGUAAGUUAUGUCGUUGAUGCUCAGUGGCAGUCAGCCUUUCAGGGUGCACCCGUAGCUUCUGCUAUCGUGGGUGCCCUUGGAUGUGGGCAACUUGCUGACUGGCUUGGCCGCCGCUUAGUGGUCAUGAUUUGUCUCGCAGUCACUUUCGCCGCUGUCACCAUGGAAUUUGUUGCGACAACAAAUGAGCUCUUCUUCGGUGGCAAGUUUUUGAAUGGCUUCGUUGUCGGUGCCCUGGCAUCGGUUACCGUAACAUACAUCGGCGAGGUCGCUCCUUUGAAACUUAGAGGCAUGCUGACCUGCUUGACUGCUCUCUCUUACACCCUCGGGCCACUUACAGUUGCGCUCAUUGUCAACUCCACUGGAGUGUACACCAACCGUUGGGCAUACCGUGCUGUCUUUUGCGCACAGUAUGGGUUUGCUGCCAUAGCUACUGCUUUCGUCUGGUUCAUGCCCGAGUCUCCAUGGUGGCUCGCAUCUAAAGAUCGACAGGCAGACGCACUGAAGGCUCUCAACAGUCUUGGUCAUCGUGGAUUUGCAGGGGAACAAAAGCUCGCUCAGAUUAUGACAACUCUACAAGAGGUUAAGCGCGAGACUGAAGGCGCCACAUACCUGGAGUGUUUCCGCAAAUCCAACCUCCGGCGAACGAUCAUUUCGAUCAUGCCGCUCACCAUACAGUCUCUCAGUGGCAUCACUUUCGCUGCUUCGUACUCAACAUACUACAUGCAACUCGCCGGAUUUACAACAGCCAUGUCAUUCAAAUUGCAGAUCGUCCAGCAAGUUAUCUCACUUAUCGGAAACGUCAUGUCUUGGUACCUAGUCGAUCGAAUAGGUCGUCGCAACCUUACUUUCUGGGGUCUCUUUGUUCUCACCAUCAUCUUGUUCGUCAUGGCCGGCCUCGCCGUUGUCGGUACCGUCCCUGCAUUGAAAGGUGCUAUCAGUAUGAUCCUCAUCUACUGCUUCUGGUAUAACGUUACGAUUGGAGCCACUGCCUACACCAUUCUCUGCGAGACAUCAACUUCCCGUCUCCGCGUCAAAACCAUCGCCAUCGGGCUCGCCCUACAGAAUGCUCUCAACACUAUGUGGAGUUUCGUGCUACCCUAUUUGUUCAAUCCUGAUCAACUCAAUCUUGGUGGGAAGCUAGGCUUUAUCUUCGGUGCUUUGUCCAUUAUUUGUCUAGUGUAUCUUUGGUUCUACCAGCCCGAGACAGCUGGCCGGACAUACGAGGAGUUGGAUGAGAUGUUUGCUAAUAAAGUAAAAGCAAGAAGCUUCGCAACGCACAAAACGGAUACACAGGCUAUGGGUGAGGCGGUCAAGGAGAAGGAGAAUAUGUAGAGUAUGAGUCUAUCCUCGCGACAU